AUGAUACCCUCCCAUCUCACCAAACCAACCAGCCGACCAAAUCCACCAACCCAACCCAGCAGAUCCAUCCAACCCAACCUACCAGACUCACCAAUCUUACCCACCAGACCCACCCAACCCACCGACACAACCCACCGGACCCACCCAAUCCACCAACCCAACCCACCAGACCCACAAACCCAACCCACCAGAUCCACAAACCCAACCCACCAGAUCCACCCAACCCACCAACCCAAACCACCUGACCCACCAACCCAACCCACCAGACCCACCCAUUCCACCAACCCAACCCACCUGACCCACUCACCAGACCCACCCAUCCCACCAACCCAACCCACCAGACCCACCCAAUCCACCAGACCCACCCAAUCCACCAACCAAACUCACCAGACCCACCAACCCAAACCACCUGACCCACCAACCCAAUUCACAAGACCAACCAACCCAACCCACCAGACCCACCCAACCCACCAACCCAAACCACCUGACCCACCCAAUCCAUCAACCCACCAACACCAUCCACCAACUCAACCCACCAGACCUACCCAUCCCUGCAUGAAAAUAUCUCCGGAUUUUUAA